CUCCAUACCUGGCCAAGCCCAUCCCUUCCACCCGGGUCCUACAUCUCCACCAUGUGCACACCUCUCAUCUGCCCUGAAGCCUGUUCAGCUAUGCCAAGCUGUCCCUGGGAGCUCUAGAAGCUGGUCAUUAACUUUGCAGACGGAUGAGCCCUGAGAGCCAGAAGAGACUGGGGUUAUACGCGGCCCCCUAUCCUGCCAGCUUGGAUCCCUUGGCAGGGUCCUCCUAGGUCCCAGGCUGGAACCUUGGCCAUGGAACCUUGACGUGGUUCCGAGCUCCCCAGCUCAGUGGCAGCCCCCAGCCCCCGAGGCCCUUCCUGCCCCUCCCACAGCCAGCUUUCAGACUCCCAGAGGGAGGGCUGGGGAGGGGGCCCGCAGCUCGCGGGGCGGGGGGCGCCUUCCAUCAUGAUGCUCAACUCGGACACCAUGGAGCUGGACCUGCCUCCCACCCACUCCGAGACCGAGUCGAGCUUCAGCGACUGCGGGGGCGGGGCGGGUCCUGAUGGGGCCGGGCCCGGGGGUCCCGCGGGGGUCCCCGCCCGGGGCGGCUCGGAGCUGGGCGCGGAGCCGGGGCGCAAAGACCUGCAGCACCUGAGCCGCGAGGAGCGCCGGCGCCGGCGCCGCGCCACGGCCAAGUACCGCACGGCCCACGCCACGCGCGAGCGCAUCCGCGUGGAGGCCUUCAACCUGGCCUUCGCCGAGCUCCGCAAGCUGCUGCCCACGUUGCCCCCAGACAAGAAGCUCUCCAAGAUUGAGAUUCUGCGCCUGGCCAUCUGCUACAUCUCCUACCUGAACCACGUGCUUGACGUCUGAACCCAGCCUGCCUCCGCCCUGGGGGGGCUCCGGUCCUCCCCAGCUCCUUGACAUCAGCCCCGCAAACAGUGGCCGUGUCCUCCCCUUCCCACCGAGCCCACCGCCUGUCGUGGAGGCCACUUUCUUUGACUGGCCCAGGCACGCCUAAGAGAGCUGUUCUCCUGGGUUCUUUCCUAAGGUGGUUAGGGCCCAGCUAGUUGGUUAGGAUUGCUUGCUGGAGUGGUCAGAGAAGAGGCCUUGCCGGGUUUACUAAGCCUAGCUCUCUGGUCAGCUGCUGUCUUCUCUACCCCUAUGCCCAAAUUUUCAGAGACCCGGGACCCAGACUCUCCCUUCUCCUCUACCUUCUUUUACCCAUGCUGGGUAUGGGGCGUCAGAACCCGAGUGGGGAAAGGCUAGAGGUAGAUCGAGGCUUGGGCUCCUCUCAGUUCUGUCUUCGAGGGGAGGGCUCCUGGGAGGCAGAGGGAUGAGGGAGGUGACUCCUGGCCAGUCAGGACUUAGAGGAGAAACUCUGCCUUGCUUUUGUCCACCUUAUUCCUGAGGCUCAGCACGUACAGACCUCAGAUCUUACUGGGUAGUGAGUGCCUUGCCCUCUUGGAGCUGUUGGGCCACCUCCCUAUCCCCUCCUACUUCUACUGCCAGCUUUCACUCUCUUUGUGCUAGUGGAAAAAUGGAAAGCUACUGUCCUGGGACAGGGGGUGACAACUUCAAAUAGCCCAGGGCACUUGCAGACUGUGCCAGCCAUGGGUAGGACAAGAUGGCCCCUAUGGCUGCUUCUUCCAUCACAGCAGACAUUGAAAACCUGCAGACCACCCCUGCCCCCUCUCAGAUACGGAGGUGCCUAUUCCUGCCCUCUGAAAUGCUAGAGGACCUGUUGAUUAUGUGUGUUCUCCUUCCUUAACUGUCAUUGACCGGAAGGCGCUCACUGUAGCCAGGUGCUCUGUUCAAAUGAAAGAACUUAGGAUCCAUGUAGAAGUGAGCUCCCUCCCUCCACCCUCAUACCAAACUCCUAGCUCUUCAAGGAUAUCUAUUUACGUAUUUAUUUAUCCAUCUAUUUAUUUACUUAUUUAUUUAUUUAUAAAUACUACUAUUUAUUGCCGAGUUGUGCACUUUGGAGUAGAGUCAGGGGGGCUCCCAGUGGCUCUAGCUGAGUCUCCCUGGCUUUCUCCCUGGUUUUUACUUUCCUUUUCUUGCUCCUUCUCUAGCUCCUGGUAUGUGUGGAGAUCCCCUUUGCUCACCAUACCCCAUAUCUCUUCCUCAGCUCUAACUGUCCCAACCCCCCUUCUUCUGGGAUAGCACCCCUUCUCCAGCUCCACAGUUCCUGCUGUGCUCUCUCAACCUUCCCCACCUGCUGACAAUCCCACCCAGUUCCACCUCUUUCCUCUCUCUAGUCCUCCCCCAAGACUCUUGCGUUUCCUAAUGCCACCAAGAGCAGGCUCCCAGAGUCUGUGUCCUGUGUCUUGUGUGUGAUUCUCUCCAGCUGCAUUUCCAGUUUCGUAUAAAAAACAAAAAUUAAA